AUGUCUUCUACCGAGCCUGACAACACCAACACCGACGGCGAACAAGACGCAGAUACCACAAACUUCCCCGUCUUCGGUCCACCUUCCGCCGACGAUUUGAAGGACCAGCUCGAUGCCCAAAUUUCUGGAAAAAGGCAACAAAACCUCGUCUUCGUGGCCGAACUCGCCAAAAUCGAACAAGAUCACCAAGCUGCCCUCGCAAACAACGCCGGUCCCUCUACUCUCCGUCAACACGAGGAAGCCAAGCAAGCGCACAAGGCCCUUCACUCACAAUUCCUCCGAGAGUCCAUUGAGCUUUUACAACAACGUCUCGACAUGGAGAAAGAAGAAUUGGCUCACUCCAAAGAAGAGAACCAGAUGAAGGAAGAGAGGGCGAGAGUUGAGAAGCAUAAGAAGUGGUGGCGGAGUUUGACAGUUGAAGAAAAGAAGAGGAUAAUUGAAGGGUACAAGAGGGAGAGCAGCGUUCUGGAGAAGGAAAAAGCUAUUCUGACUGCUCGAUUGAAAAGAAUCGCCGUUCUGAGGAGGAAAAAGGCCGUUCGGGUGGUUGCGCAAGAAGCUUUGGAGAUCGAGAACGAGGUCGUGGAAGCUAGAAACAAGAUUGAGGACGCCCAUAUCGCACGAUGGGACGGCAUAUUCGACUGGCACGAUGAAGCUCUCUUGAGGUACCGGGUUUACAAGAUGCUUGAGGAGCUUGGGAUGCGUUACUGA